AAGAACAGUUCCAGCGGCGUACCACGCUACUUCCGGUUAGCUCAUAGAGUGAAGUGCCGAGCGGUUUCUUGAAUGUCCAAGGACUCUACAAGAAGACAAAUCCUCCUCUCAAAUAAACCGCCGACUUUAUUCAAUGGACUCUCAAGCUAACUCGGGACCCGUAGUGUGUGAGGUGUGCGGGGCCUUCUUUGAGACACGACGGGGCCUCUCGAGCCACGCUCGCCUCCAUCUGCGCCAGCUCGGCGUGACCGUGUCAGAAAACAGCGGGGCUCCCAUAGAGCUGCUCUACCAGCUCAUUCAGGAGAAAGACAAAGACCUCAAACCAGAUGUCGCCCCAUCUGUGUCUCCACCGUUGCCGCCUAAGAAAGCAUCCCAGCAGGAGCCAAAGACACCUGUACCUCCGGAGGACGCUCAUGCCUCCUCCAAGACAGCGGCGAAGGUCAUGACCACUCAGGGAUCUCCGGCCAAGCUUAAAGAGGCAGGAGCGUCUUUUUUUCCAUCCUCUCCCUCUUCUUCUAGGCCGACUGAAGGCAGCAGCUCGUCACUGUCAGACCAAAAAACGAUCACCAAGCCACUGUGGGCUCCGCUGGAAACUGAUGCUCCGCUUACAUUAGCUUCAGAAACAGACAAUGAGAUCCACGUCUGCCAGCUCUGCGGCUGCUGGUAUGAGACGCGCAAGGGCCUCUCUAGUCACGCUCGUGCCCAUCUCCGACAGAUCGGCAUCCCCGACGCCGACAUACAGGGCGGUCCCAUCGAGUAUCUGUACCAGAUCAUGAAGGAGCAGAACUUUGAGCCGAUCAGCAGCCUACGACGGGACGAGCUUAAAUCAAGCAGCCCUUCCAAGUCCUCCUCCUCCUCCUCAAAGCGUCCCUCUGAUUUCACCUCUCCGCCCACGUCGCCUGUCAGCAAGCGGCCUAAGAUGUCUGAAACCUGCACUUGUGUCCUCUGCGGGGAGAAGUUUGAGAACCGUAAGGGCCUGGGCAGCCACGCGCGCUCCCAUCUCAAACACAUGGGAGUGAACGACUUGGUGGGGAAGAGCUCCGCCAUCGAAGCCGUGCAGGAGCUGGUGAGCAGUGGCGUGUUGGAGCCAAUGCAUCUUCCAAAAAUGUCCAGCACUGCCAGCUCUUCCUCGGCGCCGCCGUCUCCCGUUGUCCCCAUGCCGUCUCCGGCUGCCAGCCUGUCCAGGACCUCCUUCACCCCCACGGGUCUCUCUCCGAGCGCUUCCACCAGCUCCCACUCCCCUCAGCCGCCACUCAACAGGGCGCCGAAGGCGAAGAAGGGAUUUCGACUGGCUGUGGAUCCGCUUCUUAAGAAACCAAAGCCAGAGCCGGUGGAGAUGGAGAUUUCCGUUGAACCAAAGCCAGCAGCCAACGACAGCAGCUCUUUGACGCAAAAGGCACCUACAGCGGCCAGUUCCUCAAAACCUCCAGAGUCGGACCUGCCGUCUCCACCGACGGUCCUCUGCGACUUCUGCGGACAGCUGUUCGACACCCGGAAAGCGCUGUCGUGCCACGUCCGCGCUCACCUCCGGCAGCUCGGCCUCACCUGGUCUAUCAGAACUUCCCCAAUCGACCUUCUAAAAGAGGUCAUGCUGCGGCGUGAGGAAAAGAAAGAGCUGGUACACAGCGGGUCUUCGGCAGCGGGCAAAGCGGUGUGGAGUGCUCCGGGCUUCAAAAGGCCUCCUAAGGAGAAGCCUCCGCCCCGGGAAGGAGCUUCCAGCUCUGCAGCAACGCCUGUUGACUACUCAAUGAAAGACAAAACGCCAUAUGGGAAAUCUGCAGUCUCAAACAUUGAUGCCACCUGUGAACUCUGUGGGUUCGACUUUGAGAACCGCAAGGCGCUGGCCAGUCACUGCCGGGCUCACCUCCGACAGCUGGGUCUGUACGAGUGGAAGGCGGACGGAGCGACGUCGCCGAUAGAAACCCUGAGCGAACUGAUCCGAAGGGACCCGAACAAGGUGGCAGAAAUAACCAGGCGCUAUCGCUAUGGAGACCUUUACAUCAAGAAGUCUCAGAGAUCUUCUUCUUUGGCUUCGACGUCUAUGAAUUCUGACGCUUCGCCGAGCAGCAGCCACAACUCGUCUCUGCACCACCCUGAGCACAAAGCAAGCAGGAAGGAUCACAGCGUCCGAACAGCGAGGGGGGUCCAUGCCCCCCAACACGGAGUCUCCUCGGGGGAUGAAAAUCGCCACUCUCACUCCCGGCAGCCGUCUCGGACAGGCAGCAUCCCUGCUCUGCUGCCGAAGCCGCCUCUGACUCCACUGGUCAAACUGGUGGGUAAAAUCUACUCCCUCAAAUGCAGGUUCUGCGAUGAAGUGUUUCACGGGCCUCUGUCUGUUCAAGAGAAGUGGAUCACACACCUGCAGAAACACAUCCUGUCUCUGGGCUACAAGGGCAAAGAGGCUCCUUCUUCUCCUUCUUCUCCACCUGCUCCAUCUGCUCCAGCACUCGUCCAUCCGGUGGCUGUAUGAACUGACAAAUGUUCCGCAGACUCCACAAAGGAACAAUGUCUUUAUGUCAAUUUAAAAAAAAAAAAAUAGAAAAAAGAAAACUUGUUCCCUUUUUGUCCAUGGGAGGGCAGACAUGAGCCGUGAGAGCGAGGCGGCUCGGUGUAACCCACUCAGCUAAUAUCCACGCUUCAUACACGGUUCGUUUCAGAGCUUCCUCCUCCUGCUCAGAAGAUUAGUUUUCUUUUUUUUUUUGAGCAAAUCACAUUUCUUAUUUUGUAUGUUUUCUACUUUCUGAUCUAAAUCACAUUUAUACUGAAUACUAAAAAUAACAGAUUCUUAUGCAUUUACAACAAAUAAAUUUUAAAUCAAUGUAUGUAUGAAUACAAUUUUCUGUCAAUUUUUUUUCUUUUUUUUGCAGAAGGUAGCGUGAUGUCAUUGCAGAAUAUUCCCAAGUUGUUUAAAAAAAUAAUAAUAAUAACAGUACAUCUCUUGGAUCAAUUAUGUUUUCUGUUGAAUAACUUCCUUAAGGUUUUUCUGCUUUUUCAAUUUAAAAUGUAUGUAAAAGAUAUUGAAUUAUGUCACAUAUUUAUAUUUUUUCAAUGUUUUUGGUAAUUUCUAAGCAACAUACAGUAAAAGCUCAGAGUAACAUUAACGGUUUUGAUAAGAGGCUUCGCUAGUAGCCGGCUAGCAGUCCUUUUCUACUGAGAUUUCAAAAACAAACAGGUUGUUCAGGCUGCACACAUCCUUUUCUCUUGAGUUUAUUCUAUGUGUAAAUAAAAUUUGUCAUGUUUACUU